CCACUCUGUCUCUUAUACACAUCUAGAUGUGUAUAAGAGACAGGAGAGAGAGAGAGAGAGAGAGAGAGAGAGAGAGUCCCUGCGUUGCGAAGAUGGCUAUGUCGAUGGCGAAGGUUACCUCUCUUGUUCAGGUGACAAUGAAGGGAGCUGGGCAUGCUGGACAGGAGAUUGGAAAAGGAGUGCAUUCUCCAUCUCUGAAUUUGAUGAUGAUGAUUGAUGGAGAGAGGGAGGGAAGGAGGGGGCUGCUGACCGAUGAGGCUUUCUAUUUUGAUAAGAACUGCACAACUCGCCGAGUUUGUGAGAUGACCGCCAAUCUUGCAAUCGCCAGUGUCCGGAGGUCAACGUUUAGUGACAUGCGGAAUGCACCUGCGGCCACCGACCGGACAGAAGUUCGAAUGCCACGAAUGAGCGUAGAUUUCAAAUUUCGGGCACUGCAGCUGCAGCGGAGAUGCUGCUCUGAGAUUUUGGCCAGCCGCAGCUGUUUCAACACCGCUCUUCCAAGGACAUGCGGGCGACGAGUGCUGCAGAGAGUGCAGGCUGUGCAGCAGUCGCCGACCACACCACCAGCAGUAGCUGUGCAGGAUGGCGAUCUGCAUCUGCACGGUAAAGGUGGUCAUGAUCCUUGUCUUCCGUCAACAUUCAAGUUCGGGGGCGGCAGCCAGGCCGUGAACGAGCUCAGCGAGCAAGACCCUACUUCUGCACAGCAAGAACUACGACAAUGGCCCUCCUCUUCGUUGAAUUUGCUUUCGGAUGGCAAUUCCAGUGCUUCAUCUGAGAGUUACUCUGCAGCAGUAAUCGCAGACGUGAUCAAUAAGGUAAGCUUCCGUAGCUCGCAUUGCUAACCGUCCCAGUCAUUUCGUCGAAAUCAGUGUGACGUCCAUGUGGCUGACAAGGUCACACACGUAACUGUUAAUAAACAGAUACAAUGCCGUGACAUCAGGGGAUACCCACGUUAGAAGAAGAAGAACAAGAAGAAGAAGAAUACAAUGUUGGCUUUCUUGAUGAGGCUGUCUUGUUCGUACUGGAGGAAAGACACCGGCACUGAUAGAGUCAUUGAAAAUAUAUGUAGGUAUCACGUUGACACCACAAUAGCCAUUGCAAAAUCAACGAAGAUGAAGCUAUGGCUAUAACAGUUGGGAGGGGGGUUGCGCACCUCUCAGGUAACCUCCCAAUAUGUUUUUUUUUUUUUUUUUUUUUUAGGGGGCGAGAAAAUGGGAAAACAAAAGCCCUUUUGGAUG